GCAGGUUCUAAUUAAAUGCUGUGACACUUCGAAUGAGGCGCGGCCUCUGCAGGUUUCAGAUCCGUGGGUCGACUGGCUCCUGCAGGAGUAUUUCAUGCAGGGUGACAGAGAGAAGGCGGAAGGUUUACCUGUGACACCUUUUAUGGAUCGGGCGAGAGUUUCUAAACCACAGACACAAAUCAUCUUCAUCACCUCCAUCCUUGUCCCAAUGGUCGAAUCUCUGAGCAAGCUGUUUCCACAGCUGGACGAUGUGCUCCUGUCUCCUCUGAGGGCCACACGAGAUGAAUACCAGCUAUGGGAUGAGGAGAGGAACCGAUUGGAGCCGUUCCCUGAGACCCCCGUGAUCCAAAUCUCCAUCUGAGACCGCCCCCCAGCUCCUCCGGCAAGACAACAC